UGCUGAAGUUCGUCCACAGCAUCAACUCCCAGCCGUGAAGAUUUCGUUUGAUUUCACAAUGGAAGAAGAGGGAUUUUCCAAUGAUUUGAGCCUUAUAGACAAAACAAUUCAUGAGUUAGCACAACUGCUAGGAUUUUCAGACUCAACUUUGCGUUUUUUCAUCAGUGUUUUAAUCGGUUAUUUUCUGGCUUUCAUACCAAGAAACCUUCUCUAUCAUGCUCCAGCCAAUGUCCAGCAUGCAUUCUACAUUGCUCUUGGAUUGGCCAUAUCAUACUUCAACUUUGGGAUGCAGACAUUGCAUUUUAUAAUCACAGUAGUAGUGAACUAUGUUCUUCUGGCGGCGAGUGGAGGCAGCGUAACAUCCGUGGUACUCUCAUUCCUGUACAACAUGAUAUACUACCUGAUAGGGACAGUAUCUGUCUCUGAUGGCACGCACGAUGUCCUCUGGGAUACACCUCAUUGUAUCAUGGUGCUAAAGGUCAUCGGAGUAGCGUUUGACCUUUAUGAUGGUCAAAAAUCAAAGGAUAAAUUGAGUGCUGAACAGCAGAAACACUAUUUGACUAGAGCUCCUUCAUUGCUUGAGAUGGGAGGGUUCUGUCUUUUCUUUGGAGGAUUCUUGGCUGGUCCUCAGUUCUCUAUGCGGCUGUAUCUUGACUACACUAACAAUCGCCUUAUGCCUGAAUGGGAGCAGAAGCAUCCAUCCAAUAUCAGUUAUUCCAUCAAUCGAUUCUGCUUCGGUGCUAUCUACGUUUGCGCAGGAAUCGUUCUUAAUCUCUUCAUACCUGACUCACAUUUCUUGACUGAACAGUUUGCGAGUAAAAGCCUUCUACACAAACUGUUUACAGUCUAUCUAUGGGGGACUUCAUACAGGACAAGAUAUGGAGGAGUCUUUCUUUUUGCAGAAGGAGUAUGUAUCAUGACUGGUAUUUCUUAUAGUGGUCUUGAUGAUGAAGGCAAAGCCGAGUGGAAAGGAAGUGCAAACAUGAAUGUCUACGAUCUUGAAACUGCCGUCAACUUCAGGGGUUUAGUCUCCAAUUAUAACAUCCAUACAAACAAAUGGGCUGGAAGAUGUGUGUAUAAGCGUUUGAAAUUCUUGGGGAAUCGCCAUGUAUCUCAGUUUGUGACUCUGAUGUUUCUUGCUGUAUGGCAUGGCAUCUAUAUUGGUUACUUCCAUUGCUUUGCAUUCCAGAUAUUCACAUUAACAUUCGAAGAACAGUGGCUGAAAAUAUGGAAACAGCUUGGUUUGGGGUUCAUCAUGUCGAAUCCUGUCGUAUCGGUGCCGGUGAUGAUGAUGUGUAAUGUACUCACCAUGACCAGCUUUUCGUAUGCUCUUCUUAGUUUCCAGCUAUCGAAAUGGGCUUUGUUUAGUCAGGUCUAUGCGUCUAUGUACUACAUAGGACAUAUCUUUUUCAUCGGCUGGCCCAUUCUCUUUGCCUUUAUCAUGAAACCAGUACUACUCAGCAGCAAACCAAAAGUUGCAGAAGGAAGUAAAUCCCAGUGAGUGAUUGAAGGCAGAUACAUUCAGUGGCAAGGCAAAUGAACCAUAUUCUACAUGCCUCCAUUUGGCGCUGAACAACAAUGGCCUUGAAUAAUAUUAUCAAUCCCCAAUGGUGCUAGCUAGAUCACACGUGUGAAUGCAUGCUCCUCUUUCAUGAGUACUGACUGAUUGAUCAUCACUCACGAACGCAUUGAUGCCAUGGAUAAGACAUUGCCAAAAUGUCUGAAUGACAUGUUAAGGCGACCGCACAUCAUCUUACGACUGGUCUGCGACCCAAUUUCAAAGCAAAAUGUAGUAGAAUUUGAUGCUAACAUUGAGACUUUGAAUAUCUUACUGUAUAAUGUUCUAAAUCAUCUUACAAAUACCUAUGUUGAAAUCUGUGACGAUGCUUUCAUCCUUAAAAUAAAAGCGAAUUUAAUAUCUAGUCGUAAUGAUGUCAUAGCAGUCGUACGAUUGGCUACGAUUUGAAACUAAUUUGGCCUUUACUCCGAAAUAAAGGCUUGCAAUCUUUCAAAAUGGUUAUAUUAGUAUUCUUUUAAUUAAUUUAAACCUCAAAUAAAAUGAUAUGUUCCAUUCAAAUUUUCUGAAAAUUAGCAAAAUUCGAUUUGUUUCAAAAUCUGAUUGCGAACAGUCGUAAGGUGAGCGGUGCCCUUUACUGAUCACCAUUGGGCAGUUUGUGAUACAUUGAUUUUUUUUAAUUGCAAUGUGGCAUACUAUGUUUCGUCAUUGGAAAUGUGAUGGUGAUUUGUACUGCAUCAUACGCAACAAUGAUGCUGAUGAGGUACGUGUAACAUAUCUAUCACAAGUUAUAAAGUUUUUAAUAAUGUAUUACUGAUCACCACUGGUGAUUGAUAGCGCUAUCCAACAAGUGACUAGCAUAUUACUGAUCGCAACUGGUGUUUGAUAGCGCUGUCUGUCACGAGUGGUGAUAACAGUAAAAGACAUGUUACCGAUCACCGCUGGUGAUUAAUACUGCCCUUCUUUGGCAAAAGGUAGCAAGUGACACAUCAGUCAAAUUUGAGUUACUGUAUUGUUGUUUCUGAAACGCCCUUUGUAUGUUGCA